UUUAGAUAUUCAGAACGAGGCUAUUAGAUUCAACAACAUGGAAAAAAGGGAAGCGAUAUCGAGAUUAAUUUAAUUUUUUAUACCACCAAUUCCUUGUGGGAAAGCUUAAAAGUACGGGUAUUAAUGCAAGGAUAAUGAAUAGAGUAAGGAGUGCUUGACCACAGUUAGUGUUUUUCUGUCUACAGAUCUCUCAAACAUGAAGGUCGAGGAACAACCCCCUAUAGUAGUAAAAACAGAGCCCAUUGAAAUGCCUAUUCCAGAAAAUGGUAACCACGUUGACCAAGAAGAAAUGGAGACUACUCAGACUAGUACUUGCAGCUCAAAAAAUGGUGAUAAAUCACCAGUUAAUGGAGAUGUGUCUGAAGUGUUGAAUAAGCCCAUCAAAGAGGAACAAACUGAAGACACAAAUGGUCAAGAAGAUCAACCAAAGAAAAAAUUGGGUCCAGCAAAAAAAGACGAAGAAACAUUUAUCUGCUUUGAAUGUGGGGAUCAGUUUACGUACAUUGAAGAUUUAGAAGAACAUCUUUUGGUUCUACACAGGGAUCAGAAAAUUUUCAAAUGUAUUACUUGUAAAGCGAAAUUUUCCGACCAAUCAGUAUUGCACGCUCACUUGUCUAACUGUUCGGGGAAAUUCCUCUAUUUAUGCUUCCAUUGUGGUGAAGACUUUAUGUACAUUAGCCAGUAUGAGAAACACAUAGAAAUCCAUUCAGGAGAAAACCUGUUCAGUGAGAAAAUGAAAAUCUCGGAUCCCCCAUUCUUUACACUGUGCUUUCAGUGUGGGAUGGAAUUCACCAGUGCGGAAGAAUAUACCGUGCACUUAGAUGUCCAUAAAUAUAAAAAGAAAACACACCACUGCGACUUCUGUCUACAGUCAUUUUUCAGUGGUGAAGAUUAUGAGAAACAUUUGAGUUCCUGUUUCCAACCACCAAUAUCCAGCAAUGGUGCCACCACUGGUAUUGAAUGUCAGGAUUGUGGAGAUAUAUUUGAAGAUUUGCCCAAAUACAAAGAACACCAGAAAUUACACGAAGCUGCCAAUCUCUUCUUGUGUAAAUGUGGUAUAAAGUUUUCUACCAAUCUGGCACUGAAGAAUCACGUACAGAUAAAAGAUGAUGAAGUCAACCAUGAAGAAAUCAAGCCUUUCGUCUGUCAGUAUUGUGACAAAGCAUUCAGUCAUCCCGGCCAUUAUAAACGUCAUAUUCAAUCUCACAACUUAAAGAAGAAAUUCCCAUGUGACGAAUGUGGCAAAGAGUUUGAUAAGCAGUGUUAUUUACAAGUUCAUGUUCGUCUGCAUACAGGGGAUCGUCCAUUUGUUUGCGAUUGUGGUAAGAGCUUUAUAGCCAAAAAACGCCUCAAUCGACACAAGAAAAUACAUCUUCGAGACAGUCUGAUCAAAUGUGCUCAGUGCGGAAAGGGUUUUACAGAAGUUAGUCGUUUAAAAUGUCACAUGAAAACCCACUCAGGGCUUCGUCCUUUUACUUGCUCCAUUUGCUCUCAUUCCUUCACACGCUCAAAUCAUCUUAAACGUCACAUGACCAUUCAUGAAAGAGAGGCCAAAAAAUUAGAAGCCAGUCUAGCUAUGGCUAAACUUGUUAUGCCUGAAUAAAAUAUAGUUCUGAAUCCUAAGUUUUCUACAUGUGUACUAUGUAUUGUUUUUUUAUUGUUGUUAUUAACACUUUAUUUAUUGUAAAAUGUACGGCACCUACUUUUUAUAUUGGUACACAUGAAUUGUUGAUGUAAAGUAUAUGUACGCACAUUAUUACACCAUCAUCCUAUGUGCAUGCCACAAAAAGUUCCAGUUUAAUGAAAUGGAGAAAUCAGUUUGGUUAUGGAUUAAUACUGUAAAACAAGAAAUUAUGAAACAAGCUGGAUCAUUCACAUAUAUCGUAGGAAACUAAAAUAUGUACUAUUUGAAUAAAAACACUAUUUGUAUUAGGAGCUGAGCACAUCAGAGUAUUCAAAAAAAAAAUUCCUGAAGAAUUGGCUGGCUUAUAUGAAAAAGAUAGAAUUACAGUAUGAAAUCAGUAUAAAAAACAAUGUAAACUUUAAAUGACUUGAUUGAUUUGAUUAAUUUUGUCAAUCAAAUUGGUGUAUACAUGUAGUCUUCUAUUUAAUCUUUAUUCUGGCAUUAAUUUGGUGAAGCAUUAAUUUCUUGUCAGAUUUAAUUAAAUAUAUAAAAAUAGUAUGUUACACACUACGAGAAAACUCACAGUAUUAUUUUAAUAUCAAUGUUGAAAAUAAAGAAAUUAGUGCAUCAUGAUAUUAUUGCAACCGGAAUAGGAUUUCCCGCCUAACCACAUGAGUUUUCUCUGCUACACACAGGUUUUCUCUGCUACAACGUAUGUGCAAAUAAAUUAUUUAACUAAAGAUAUACCAUUGGUCCCAAAAUAAGCUUGUUUUGUUUUGACUUAGCGAGUAUUUUGUUUUGUCCUGGCUAUGCUACAAAAAAAGAAUUGCAUAUUGCUAAUGAUGAAGCUCACUAUACUAUGGUUUGGAUUUAAAGCAUUAAUUUCUUGUUUUACAAUGUCAAUGUAGAAAACAUGCACAUAAAAUAAAAGGCUUUAAAAUACAGAUGUGACAUCAUCUGUUGAUGUUGGUGUACCAUAAACUACCAUUAUUUCAAAUCAUAGUACGAGCAACAUGCCAGUCGUACAUUAUUUAUACUAGAUGAUAUAUUGGACUCGUCUGACGAUUUCAUUGAAAUGCAGGUGCUGGGUAGUGUCUGUAUUUUAAGUUGUUUAAUGGUCUCGAGGAAGACAUUAAGUAAUAUAUUGAUAUAUUACCUAAUGUCUUGUUCUUGUUUAUUAAACCACACUAACAUCUGUUGACUCCAUUCCUGCCUGGCAUUAGUAUUUUGUAUGUCUUAUUUAAAACAUGUAGAGGUAGCUGGUAAUCUAUUAUUGUAUAAUGUAUUUACCACAAAUCUAGUCAGUAAGCUUUAAUUAAAGUUUUAAUUUAUAAAAGAUUGAAAAUAUGUAAUUAUUUUUUACCUUGAUAAAGAAUCUCACAAUUUUGCUUGAUUUGAUAUAUGAAAUAUUGUAUGUUUUUGUAAAAUUGUACACGUGUAAUAUUAAUUAUGCGCAUAAUAAUUAUUCCCUCUAGAUUUUGUACAUAUAUGUUUAAUUGAAUUGUAUAUUACCACACAUUCAAUGCAAGGUGGGCCCUAUAGAAGCUGGCAUGCAUAGAGACUUGCAGUUAAGUUGAGAGUAUGAGUAGACACUUUACAGUUUUGUUUAUGUGUGGUUCAAAUAAUAGAAAAUAUAUUGUUACAGCAAACCAUAAUAAUAAAAACAUUUUGUUUACUAAUUAAUUAAAUAAUGGAUAUAUGUUUACAGAGGACCAAUCUCCAAUGUUGUUGCAUACUUUUAGCACGUAUGCAAAGAGUUGCUAAUCUUGCACUAGACCGUGUUUGAUUGAUAUAAAUCUGAAUAUUCUGUUAAUAUAUGUUCCAGUUGAAUUUGAAAUCCACAACACUUGUCAACACUAAGAUGAUAAAUACAAACACUCUGAGACCUGUAGGAAUAAUUUUGAGGUUGAUGCGAAACAUCUUGUAUGUAUCGGUAGAUAGAGGAGGCCAGAUUCAGAUAAACUAUGAACCUCAACUCACAUGUUUACUUUGUAUAGUACUUUUUUGUUCAAAAUGCAACUAAAACAUAAAUUCCUGCUCAUAUCUUUAAAGCUUUAGGUGUGCUUAGUGCAAAGGGGCCAUACUAUCCAUACAUAGUUAUGCAUGUACAAUUCUACUUAUUUAUUAGUGUGCAUGACAAUAUAUAAUAUAAUAACUUUAAAAUAUGGAUUUAAUAUUCAGUUUUACUUAUGGCUUUUCUGUUAUUUCACGAUCUUACUGGUCAAACUUAAUAUUGUGUAAUUGGUUUGGAAAUCAGUUAACACGAUAAAUUUAAUAACAAGUUUUACUUGUGUCUAAAUUACCUGUAUUUUUGUUGUGGUUGAGUUUGUAUCUUGAGUGGUUGGCUUGGAAAUUAAUCCACACAAAAAUUUGGUAACCAAGGAAAUUAAGAUGUGGAAAUGAUAGAAUUAUAUAUUUAUGAUGAAUAUUAAACUUUAAUACAUAAGUUCUUUAGUUUAAAUUUUAUUGGAUGGUAAUGGAAUGUAUUUUAUUAUUGUCCAUGUCAUAUUUCAGACUUUUUCCAAAUAAUGGCAUCUUACUAUUAAUGUGUGUGGGGUUUUGUUUUUAACAAGAAUACAAUAUUACUAACCUAAUUGCUAAUUAAAUUUGACGUGGUCAAAUACUUUUUUUUUCUUUUGCGAUUACAUGACGUGUGUUGUAAUAAUUAUUUGUGCAUAGUUAAUAAGUGUGCUAAACUUUGUCCUGCACAUAGCAUAUUUCCAGAGAUGCAUGUUUGGACCCAACACUUGAUGCAUUGCAGUGCAAAAAGGUCAGAAAAAUUGCUUUGAUGGUCUGCAUGCUCUGGCCGAGUUUCAGGAAUAGGAUAGUAGGAAUAAUUUGUGGCAAUAAAUGAAAAUAUCUAGUCUUAAUUUUAGAAUGCAAUAUUUGUUUUGAUUUUAUAAUUUAUGUAAUUUUUUCUUUUCUGUUGUAGAAUGUGAAAAUAAAACAUAUUCCGAGAUAUUAGUUAAUUUAAUGAAUCUUGCCAUAUGUUAAAGACCUGUUUCAGGAUUAUUUAUAUCUGUUUCUGAAAUGGUCCUCAAGAUGAGGAGCAAACCUGGUUCACCCAGGUUCAGAAACAUGGUAUUGUAGUCCGAAGGAUUUCUUAUUUGUGUGUGUGUGCUAUUAAUCUUUAUAAUUUUAUAAAGGCAUUAUAUUAAAUAAGUUCGUCCCAAACACAUUUGUAAUACAUGAUGUUUGUUGUGUUUUUGGCUAGUUACUAUUUAAAAUGACAUAAUCAUUCAUUAUUUAAGAGGUAAGAAGAAAUAACUUCAUUUGUUAUUUGCAUGUUAUAUUAUUGUAAGUUUGUAAAUGUAUUUGAUAAUGGCAUUAUACAUAUAGUUCUACAUCCUAUGAAUGUUGUCCUAUAUAAAGGGCUAUCUCUAUUGUAAAUUCCGUAUAGUUCCCCCAGUAUCCAUUCUAUAUAGUUUGUAACAAUACCCCUCUCUUAUACUAUCUAAUGUAUUUAUUUUGUGUUUUGAGAAAAUAUGUUGAUGUUAUUUCCCAAUAAACUUGCAUUUUGUAUACAACUGUUAA